UGUAAAACCUACAGCCUAGAGAGGCACUUUGAAGUCAGUCGGCUUUUCGAUGCCGGUCGGUAUAGUUGUGUUUAUAUUUAGUGUAGCAUGCAAUCAUAAUGGCUGGCAGAAUGCUAAAAUUCAUAAGGGGGAAGGGUCAACAGCCCUCUGCUGAAAGGCAGAAACUUCAAAAUGAACUGUUUGCAUUCCGCAAGACAGUGCAACACGGCUUUCCUCACAGAGCGUCGGCCCUCGCGUGGGACCCGCUGCUUCGGUUGGCCGCGCUCGGCACCGCCACCGGAGCCCUCAAGGUGUACGGCCGUCCAGGUGUCGAAUUGUACGGACAACACACAAACCUUGACUCCGCUGUUACCCAAAUUUACUUCAUAUCUGGCACAGGUCGUCUAGUAUCACUAUGCGACGACAACAGCUUGCACCUCUGGGAAAUAAACGAGAAGUCACUCGUAGAACUGAAGUCUCACACACUAGAGGGCAAAAACAAAAGGAUAUCCGCCCUCUGUGUGGAGGCCAGCGGCAAGGGCCUACUGCUGGGUACCGAGGCCGGCAACAUUUACAACCUCGAUCUCAACACCUUCACAUUGCACGAGGAUGUUAUAUACCAGGAUGUUGUUAUGCAAAACUGUCCAGAAGAUUUCAAAUUGAAUCCGGGAGCAGUGGAGGCUAUAUGCGAGCACCCUAAAGUACCGACACGCAUCCUGAUCGGCUUCAACCGGGGUCUGGUGGUACUGUGGGACCGCACCGCCGCCUCGCCCACGCACACUUUCGUCUCCAACCAACAGCUGGAGAGCUUGUGCUGGAAUGAUGACGGCGAACAUUUCACAUCAUCUCAUAACGACGGGUCAUAUGUGACAUGGGAGGUGGCGGGAGCAUCAAGCGACAGGCCCUUAAAGGAGCCCAUCACCCCCUACGGACCCUACCCUUGCAAGGCCAUCUCAAAGAUCCUUAUUAGGACCAGUGUUGACAACGAUGAGAUUAUCAUAUACGCUGGUGGCAUGCCACGAGCAUCGUAUUCAGACAAAUAUACAGUGACAGUACAGCAAGGCGAUAAGCAUGUGGCAUUCGACUUUACAAGCCGUGUGAUAGACUUCUUCACGACGACGCCUGUGCCACCUGAUGGUGCGCCGCUGCAGGAGGAGAGACCCGACACCCCCACCCUACUCUCCGCACACACCGUCAACCAAGUCGCCGCCGCACUGGUGGUAUUGGCUGAAGAGGAGCUGGUUGUAAUCGACUUAUGCGAUGAGCGCUGGCGACCACUGCGCCUUCCGUAUCUAUUGUCAGUGCACGCGUCUGCAGUCACCACCGCGCAACUUGUUGAUAACGUCGCUAACAAUAUUUACGAUAAUAUUGUUGCCGCAGGGCAGCAGCAAACCGAGAAUGUGUACUCUGAGGGGGCGUGGCCUAUCUCUGGGGGCGUGGUGGAGGGCGGAGAGGGGAGCGAGAGGCAGCUGCUGCUGACGGGUCAUGAGGAUGGAUCUGUGCGCUUCUGGGACGUCAGCGGGGUGCCCAUGACACCUCUCUACAAGUAUACAACUGCACAAUUGUUUAGCGGUGAAGAAAUAGGUGAGAACAAUGACAGUCAAAAUGACGAGGAAGAAUGGCCGCCGUUCCGACGUGUCGGUACAUUUGACCCUUAUAGCGAUGAUCCCAGACUAGCAGUCAAACGAGUUAUCCUUUGUCCUUUAUCGGGUAUGCUGACGAUUGGUGGAGCAGCCGGCCAUAUUGUCGUAGCCAGUCUCAAAACCACCGCCAGCACUGCUGAAGUUAAAUCGAUGUCAGUGAACAUUGUGUCAGACCGCGACGGCUUCGUGUGGAAGGGCCACGAUCAGCUAACCCUUCGUGCUGGUACUCACACCUUCCCGCAAGGAUAUCAGGCGAGCGCAGUGGCGCAGUUGUCGCCUCCGGCCGCGAUCACGGCGCUAGCGGCGCAGUGGGAGUGGGGCGUGGUGUGCGCCGGCACCGCCCACGGCCUGGCGCUGCUGGACGCGCUCGCCGCCGCCCCCCUACUGCACCGCUGUACGCUCAACCCACACGAUCAUUCUGGUGCCGGAGACACGCCAAUAUCGAGACGGAAAUCGUUCAAAAAAUCCCUCCGAGAAUCGUUCCGACGUCUAAGAAAAGGCAGGUCUCAGCGGCGGCAGAAUACCUCCUCCAGCCCCACCUCCCAGUCACAACCAGCGGCAAAGAAGCCAGUGGAUAAGAUAUCGGAAACAGAUGCAGAGGUGAAGCCAAUAGAGCGGGCGGUGGAGGCGCGUUCCAACGAUGACGCAUUCGGCUCUAUGGUGCGCUGUCUAUACUUCGCGAGGACAUUCCUUAUCAAUACACAAAACUCAACGCCGACGCUGUGGGCGGGCACAAAUAACGGCACUGUGUACGCCUUCACGAUAAAUGUACCCAACACAAACAAAAGGAAAGAAGAACCCGUAACGUGUCAAUUAGCAAAGGAAAUUCAACUGAAACAUAGAGCUCCAGUUAUCGGCAUCACAGUGUUAGAUGGAGCCUCAGUACCGCUGCCAGAUCCUUUAGAGGUGGAGAGAGGUGUGUCAGCGCUGCCGGAGGCUGGCACACACCGGGUGCUCAUCACGUCGGAGGAGCAGUUCAAGGUGUUCACGCUGCCAUCGCUAAAGCCGCACAACAAGUACAAGCUUACUGCACACGAGGGCGCCAGGGUGCGUCGUACAGCAUUCGCUUGGUUCGAAUGUGUGGCAGGUGGUGAGAGACAUCGUGAGUGGUGUCUGCUCUGUCUCACCAACCUGGGAGACUGUCUCGUGCUCAGUCCUGAACUGCGCCGUCAGCUCAAUGCUGCCGCUGUGCGCAAAGAAGAUAUCAACGGUAUAUCAAGUCUAUGUUUCUCAAAGCGUGGUGAAGCUCUCUACUUGCACUCGUCAUCUGAACUGCAAAGGAUUACAUUAUCUGCGACAAAGGUAACGUUUGCUCAAUGUCAUAUCCUGCUGGCGCCAUGGGCAGCCGCACUGCGAGGACCUGCUGAGGAAACUCCUCUAACCAACGGUGAACAUAAGGAAGAGACGGCGGAGACUGUGCACGAUGUGACAGCGGCGUCGGGGGACAUCACGGUGGACUCUGUGCGAGAUCAUACCAAUGCUGACCAACCAGAGCUCAACAUCAACCUGCAGAAUUCGCAAGUGAACACAAGUUCGUUGGUGGUGAAGACUACAACAAGGACGACCAUUAAUGACGGUAACGUGGACGGCGCCACCACCACCACCACAACAACCACAAACAAUACCACAACAGAAAACAUCCUAGAGCACAGUCGCGAGGAGGGAGUCAUCACGCGUAUUGAGACGGGAACGAUAACGGUGCCGGCCGGAACUGAUCCCAAGCUGAUCCUCGAGAUGUUUGACCGCCAGAGGUCGCCGCUAGCUGUGCCAGUGCCCCCCACACCCACACCCACCCCCACCGAGACACACUAGGACACGCCCCCAACACAACACACGCCCCCACACACAAACACUUUGAUACUAUUUGUAUCGAAUACGUCAUUUUUUGAAUUUUUUUUUAUUAUAUCCGAUACAAAAUAUUGAUUUUAUAUAUGACUUUUAAUAUUGAUGACUUUAUAAUCAUGUUCAUAAUAAAUAUUGUUAUUAAGAUGUCAUCGAAUUAUUAGAUAAUUUUUUUUUU